CUGACGUACGUUCCUCAGGGCAGUCGGUCCCCACCCCUCGCCGACACCACACAUACAUAAGUCUCCCGGGUGUGCAUGAUUACGUGGUUUAUUGUUUUAUUGCAGGAUAAUUGCCAUGAUGUUGUCAAGAAGUGGGGCCUUAGCAGUUCGCAGCACUUGGCUAGUGCAGCAAACAGCUGCUCUUUCAACGGCAUCUGUUAGAAACAAGAGCUAUGAGCUAGUGGUGGUAGGGGGAGGGGCGGGAGGAUGCGCUGCAGCGGCAAAAUUUUCCUCUAAGCUCGGCAAAGGCAAAGUGGCAGUGAUAGAACCAGCGGAUAUGCACUACUACCAGCCGAUGUGGACUCUGGUUGGGGGAGGAAUGAAGACACUGGAGAAUUCAGGGAAACCCAUGAGCAAGGUUCUCCCUAAAAAAGCGGAUUGGAUAAAGCAGCAUGUUGUUGGCUUCGAUCCAGCUAACAACAAAGUGAUGACUGACGAUGGACAAGAAAUAAAUUACCAAUACCUUGUGGUUGCUCUUGGCUUGCAGCUGAAUUACAGCAAGAUCAAGGGUCUGCCAGAGGCCUUCGAGACACCUGGCGUGGGCUCAAACUACUCACCACUUUACGUGAACAAGACUUUCGAGAGUCUUAAGAACUUCAAGCAAGGCAAUGCCAUCUUCACAUUCCCAGCCACUCCUAUCAAGUGUGCAGGAGCCCCGCAGAAGAUCAUGUAUAUUGCAGACGAGUACUUGCGCAAGAAUGGCAAAAGAGACAAGGCUAAUAUCAUUUUCAACACCUCUUUGGGAGUAAUCUUUGGUGUGAAGAAAUACGCUGAAGUUCUUUGGGAGGUCGUGAAGGAACGAGACCUGACAGUAAACCUUCGUCACAAUUUGGUCGAAGUCAAACCCGACUCAAGGGAAGCUGUCUUCCAGAAUCUUGACAAUCCUGAGGAAUUUAAGACAUUUGAGUAUGAAAUGCUUCAUGUAACACCCCCAAUGAGCACCCCAGAUGUGCUGAACCAGUGCACUGCAUUAGUGGAUGGAGCCGGCUACCUCAACGUCAAGAAGGAAACUACGCAGCAUGUCGAUUUCCCUAAUGUGUUUGGUAUUGGUGAUUGCACUAAUCUUCCAACGUCUAAAACUGCAGCUGCUGUUGCUGGACAAAUUGGAGUUCUACGUAAAAAUUUGAGUGCAGUCAUGGCAGGGAAAAAUCCAGAUUCUCAUUACGAUGGCUACACCUCAUGCCCUCUUGUCACAGGGUACUCAAAAUGCAUACUGGCAGAAUUUGAUUACGAUGGCAAUCCUCUCGAAACUUUCCCCAUCAAUCAGGCAAAGGAACGACGCACCAUGUUUCACCUGAAGAAAGACUUCAUGCCAGAUAUGUACUGGUUAGGUCUGCUCAAUGGAUACUGGGAAGGCCCGAAGUAUUUCCGCAAAGCGAUGCACCUUGGAUUGAAGUGAAGAAAUUGGUGUUUUACAACGGUGAAAAGUGAGAAGGCUUACCUUGUCUGAAUUCACAUGA